ACGUAGUGCAGCCUUUGUGUGUCCUGCGAGCCGCUGACACCGCCCCUCCGGAGGGAGCUAUGAGACCGUGGAGACGCCGACUAUCGGUUAGCUUUGGCUGGCUGUAAACAAAUGAGUAUACCGCCACGAUGUGCUAAAUAGACACCUUUACCCAUCCGCACUUUGGUCCGGUGUCCACGUCGGUGUCACCGGCCACCAUGUAGCGGAAGCGGCGGCAGGUUUUCGUUGUUUCUGCCCGGCGACGUUGCGGCGGUCGGUUGUUGACAGCGGUCGGACCUGUCAGUGCUUCGGCCGGUGGGCUCGCAGGUAUUUUUCUCACUUAGCACCGCGGGCACAAUGGUUAGCAGCGGUUAGCGGCACCGUAUGAAUUAGUUUCGCGUUGCCGGCAAACCGAGCAGCACAGCCAGCAACCGCCGUCUCCCAGGCGCUCGAACAUGGCAUCGCCCGCAGAGCACGACCUGGCUCUGUCUGAAGCGGACGGCAGCAAGGAGAAGACUCAGGUGUUCGGCAUUUUGAGGCUGCAGGAGGACAAAUCUGCUGCGGGGGAAAAGGCGAGCGGCAGCAGCGCGACCAGAGGAGGAGGUGGAGGAGGAGGAGGAGAUGGGCGAUGGCAGGCUCCGAUAUUCGCUCUGGCCAGGAAAGCCUCCGAGACUAUUUCAGGGAGCAUUCACGUCCUGCCGAAAGUGUCGGAGCACAGGACGUCGCUGCCAGGGGACUGGACGGUCCAAGCUCUCCGAGACCCCAUGGCCAUGGAGCGAGCCAACCUGUUGAACAUGGCGAAGCUGAGUAUAAAAGGUCUGAUUGAAUCUGCUCUGAGCUUUGGGCGAACGCUGGAUUCGGACUACCCACCUCUCCAGCAGUUCUUUGUGGUCAUGGAGCACUGUCUCAAACACGGGCUCAGAGUAAAGAAGUCCUUCCUGGGAUUUAACAAGUCACUGUGGGGUCCUCUGGAGCUGGUGGAGAAGCUGUGUCCUGAAGCAGCAGAGAUCUCAGCCUCUGUUCGAGAUCUGCCGGGACUGAAGACUCCGUUAGGCAGAGCAAGAGCAUGGCUGCGUUUGGCUCUCAUGCAGAAACGACUGGCCGAUUACCUGCGACUCCUCAUCACCAGAAAAGACUUGCUCAGUGAUUUCUAUGAGCAUUCAGCACUGAUGCUGGAGGAGGAGGGCGCAGUGAUCGUGGGCCUGCUGGUGGGCCUCAAUGUCAUUGAUGCUAACCUGUGUGUGAAAGGUGAAGACCUGGACUCUCAGGUCGGGGUGAUCGACUUCUCCAUGUAUCUGAAGAACGAUAUCGAUGAUUACAGGAGUGAAGAGAGGAAUAGCCAAAUUGCAUCCAUCUUGGAUCAGAAGAACUACGUAGAAGAACUGAAUCGACAGCUAAACUCCACGGUUCACGGCCUUCAGGGCAGAGUCGACUCUCUGGAGAAAUCCAACUCGAAACUCAUCGAGGAGUUAGCCAUAGCCAAGAACAACAUCAUCAAACUGCAAGAAGAAAAUCAGCAGCUCAGGGGUGAAAACAGUCUGAUUCUGCUAAAGACACAACAGCAUUUAGAGGUAACUCAAGGUGACGUGUCAGUGGAGAGAGACACAUACAAACAGUCCCGUCAGGGUCUGGAUGAGAUGUACAACGAAGCCCGACGACAGCUGAAGGAGGAAUGUCAGCUGAGACAGGAUGUGGAGAAUGAGCUGGUUGUCCAAGUGUCCAUGAAGCAAGAGAUGGAGCUCGCCAUGAAACUUCUGGAAAAAGAUAUUCAUGAAAAACAGGACACGCUGAUCGGACUGCGCCACCAGCUGGAUGAGGUCAAAGCCAUCAAUGUAGAAAUGUACCAGAAGAUGCAGUCGUCUGAUGAGGAGAUGAAGAAAAAGAACGAUAUGAUCACCCGUCUGGAGGAAAAGACCAAUCAGAUCACUGCCACCAUGAAGCAGCUGGAGCAAAGAUUACAGGAGGCAGAGAAGCACCGCACCUCGGCCGAGGAAGGAACCAGGCGCUUCAAGUUGGACUUUGCCAACAAGGCCGACAGCCUGCAGAGGCAGAUUGAACAGAGAGAAAAGCAGCUCCAGCAGCUGGAAACGGAUCUAAAGAUAGAGAGGGAGUGGAGACAGACGUUACAGAAUGAUCUGGGCCGAGAGCGAGACGCUGUAGCUCAGCUCAGCACCGAGGCGCUGCAGAUCAACGGACUGAAAAAAGAGUUUCAUCGUCUCCAGGAUGAAAACAUUCAGCUGAAGUCCAUCUGUGAAGACCAGGAACAAGCUCUGGAGGAGCUCGGCUCAAAACUCAGCGAAUCCAAGAUGAAGAUUGAGGACAUCAAAGAAGCCAACAAAGCUCUUCAGGGAGGCCAGGUUUGGUUAAAGGACAAAGAAGCUACUCACUGCAAGCUGUGUGAGAAAGAAUUUUCCAUCUCAAGACGAAAGCACCACUGCAGGAACUGUGGGGAGAUUUUCUGCAACAGCUGCUCUGACAAUGAACUUCCUCUGCCGGUGUCUCCCAAACCGGUCCGAGUCUGUGACACCUGCCACGCCCUCCUCCUUCAGCGGUGCUCCUCCAACCCAACGUGAGACGUGCUGCUGCCGGGAAAGCUCCACAGUUAUUUAAGCUCAGACUUGUUACCUAUCAGCUCUCCAGUGCGUCACUAUCUGCUGCUCGGAGUGAAACACAUGCAUUAACGAUCACACCUGAAGUCAGGCACAAACAAAGUGCAGCAGCUCCUGUAUCACACUGAUCACUUCCUCUGCUUAGAGGAAGCAGAGUGUCUGCUUUGACAUGGCUUAAACUUUGACUGUUAGAAGAUUUUCUAUCAUAAAUAUGCACCACUUCUUAGAACCACUUCAUUUACUUUAAAUGUGGACAUGAAGUCACAUUUUACAGCUACACAAAAAGAAACAGUCCAAACUAAGGUGAAACAUGAAGAGAAAAGAUUAAACUUCAGCGGUUCAGGUCAUGGUGCAGGGGGCUCAAUGAUAACAAAGAAAACUUCUCAAAAGGUCUAAUGUGAACACAUGAUGAUGAACAUCAGGUCUGCUGUGCUUCCAACACACAGGUGCUGAUCAGCAGGUACGGUUUGGUGGCCGAAAGUGAAACUGCAUCAACUUCGGCGACUAAAUGGAGAUGGUGUUCUGAACCUCUAGUUUAAUUUCAUUUUCCAUCAUCAUAAAACGCAUCGAUCCUCGAGCUCCCCUCACUUCUCCAUGCAUCACAAUGGCCUUGUUACUAUUGUUACUAUUGAAUGGGACUAAAAAGCACCUUCUGGGGCAGCAUAUACACAGGCGGCAACAAUCAUGCCACAGCUACUGGCUACAGGGUGAUAUGUACGAAAUCAAAAUUAAAACAUUUAGGGUAGGACUAUUAUUUCGUCAUAUUUUGGAAAUUAAAUGUGCACUAAUUGAAUUGCUAAACAUGGAAGCAUUGAAGAUGCAUUUCACUGCAUGUGAAUCCCAACCCAACGGCCCUUCACGAUAAUGAACUUGUAGAAAUUCAGUGGUUCACACUCUGAAACCCUCUGAUCUCCAGCAGCCACAAUUGGUUUUGUUUGUACAGAUGAAUCCCUAGAAAGAAAAAAAAAAUUCUGGACACAUCUGUACUUUGAUUACGGCACUUCCUCUAAUUACUGUAACUUUACCCCCCGGCAGGUGAAAUUCUGCUAACAGCCUGCCUCCUCGUCAGUAUGUGGCCUUGAAAUACACUGAAAUGAAACCUUGUUUUUUUUUUCUCUCUCUUCAAACUGUACGACCGCCACUCGUGCCUGUGUAUAUGCAGUGAGCACCACCUGCUUUAUCUUCUCAUGUUGCCAAAAGGAGCUCGGCAUUUCAGUAGCUCUGAAGAGACAGUCCAACACAUUUCUGAGUAGCACACUUCAGCGUUUCUCUGAGACACUAACGCAGCGGACGCUGCUCCGGGGACCAAGGGGAGCGACGGCCCGGUGCAGUCGGCGUCAGCCUGGCUUCUUCUCACAGCAGCACUUCAGCGGUGGACAGGCCGGACUGCUGCCACUUCUGACAACUUUACCACAAUGUAUUUCUGAGUACUUUGCCAAUCACUUGAGUAUUUAUGAUCGAUUUGUACUUGGAAGCUGAACUGUCCCUAAACACUUGAAGUCAGUCGAACUCAAACAUCAUGGGGAGAAAAAAAAAAUCACUGUUUACUGCUGCUCCAUUCCUGAGAGGGAAGUUUGAAACUCUAAAACUUUAAAAUCAGGAUUCAGUCCUGUGGUUUUUUUGUGUCGUCAGACUGACUGGAGGCUGUUGGUCUUCAGUGAUGGGUUAGUGAUUCCAGUACCUCUGUAUUCUGCUUUUGUAUGUUCAAUGUUUACAAUCUAAGAACUGGAAAGAUUCAUUCCGACAAACAUGAGAACAGUACUGGGUUCAUCAUGAGCUACAAAUGUUUCUGAACUGAACCCGGGCUGAUCAGUUUCUGUGCACCACUCUUGUAAAUCCCUCCCAACUUUUAGUGGGACUUGUACAGCGUUGGACUGUAUGUUGUGUAUAAAUACUGAGAACUGUGGCACCUGAGCUGACGACAUCCUGCCAGUUCAUCGACUCGACUGCCAACAGUCUGUUGCCUUCACUGUGUAGCAGUUUGAAUAAAUCAAGUUACAGAUGAAAGGAUGAU